AUGGCGAAAACGUACCCGUUUGAGUUGGACCCGUUUCAAGCAACCUCAAUAGCGUGCUUGGAGCGGCGGGAGUCCGUGCUCGUGGCAGCGCACACGUCGGCGGGAAAGACGGCCGUUGCGGAGUAUGCAAUCGCGAUGGCAUUUCGCGACAAGCAGAGGGUCAUUUACACGUCUCCGCUUAAGGCGCUGAGCAACCAGAAGUAUCGGGAGCUGAGUGAGGAGUUCAGUGACGUCGGGCUGAUGACGGGUGACGUCACCAUCUCCCCCAACGCUGCCUGCAUCGUCAUGACCACCGAAAUCCUCCGAUCCAUGCUCUACCGAGGCUCUGAAGUGCUUCGGGAGGUGGCUUGGGUGAUCUUUGACGAGAUUCACUACAUGAGGGAUCGGGAGCGGGGCGUGGUUUGGGAAGAGAGUAUUAUUUUCCUUCCGCCAGAUGUUAAAAUGGUGUUUUUGUCGGCUACGCUGUCGAAUGCGCGGGAGUUUGUCGAGUGGAUUACUUAUCUGCAUAAGCAGCCUUGUCACGUGGUGUAUACGGAUUACCGGCCGACUCCCUUGCAGCAUUUCGCGUUUCCUUAUGGCGGGGAUGGGCUGUACCUGAUGGUGAACGAGCAGGGGAAGUUUAUCGAGAAGAAUUUCAAUCGCUUAGCUAAGAGUUUUGCAAAAGCAAAGGAGGCGGCGGCGGAGGCGAUCCCAGAAGCUGCUGGCUUCGCAGGGAGAGGGAGAGGAAGGGGGGGGAGGGGAGGGAGAGGAGGGAGAGGAGGGAGGGGAGGGGAAGGAGGGAGAGGAGCAGGAGGAGGGCCUUCGGAUAUCUACAAGAUAGUGAAGACCUGCUCCGAGCUGGACUUCCAUCCAAUGAUUGUGUUUAGCUUCCGCCGGCGCGAGUGUGAGGCGUAUGCCAUGCAGCUGAGCAAGCUGGACUUCAACAGCGAGGAGGAGAGCAAGAUGGUGAAAGAGGUGUUCAACAACGCUAUCUCUGUUCUCCCCACACAGGACCAGGACCUGCCAGCAGUGCGCCAGAUGCUGCCGCUGCUGCAGAGGGGAGUGGGAGUGCACCUCUCACUCAGGGCUGCUGCUGCCUUACUCCCCCUCGCUCUGCUCCCUCCCUCCCUGUCCCCAGGAUCUCCCAGCAGUGCGGCAGAUGCUGCCGUUACUCCAGAGGGGCGUGGGAGUGCACCACUCGGGGCUGCUGCCUUACUCCCCUUCGCUCUGCUCCCUCCCUCCCUGUCCCCAGGAUCUCCCAGCAGUGCGGCAGAUGCUGCCGUUGCUGCAGAGGGGAGUAGGAGAUCUCCCAGCAGUGCGGCAGAUGCUGCCGUUGCUGCAGAGGGGAGUAGGAGUGCACCACUCAGGGCUGCUACCUUUUUCCCCCUCGCUCUGCUCUGCUCCCUCCCUCCCUGUCCCCAGGUGUUCAACAAUGCUAUCUCUGUGCUCCCCACUGAGGACCAAGAUCUCCCAGCAGUGCGGCAGAUGCUGCCGUUGCUGCAGAGGGGAGUGGGAGUGCACCACUCGGGGCUGCUGCCCAUCCUCAAGGAGCUCAUUGAGAUUCUCUUCCAGGAAGGGCUGUUGAAAGUUCUAUUUGCCACUGAAACGGUGAGUUGGCUGCUUGCUGGUACAGAGGCGGGUGUUCAUGCAUGGGAGGGGCUCCUCAAAGUGGGAGUGGGAGUGCACCACUCGGGGCUGCUGCCCAUCCUCAAGGAGCUCAUUGAGAUUCUCUUCCAAGAGGGACUUUUGAAAGUGCUCUUUGCCACUGAAACGUUCGCCAUGGGACUGAACAUGCCGGCUCGCACUGUUGUCUUCACAGCCACACACAAGUGGGAUGGCGAGUCAAACCGCGCUAUGCACUCAGGGGAAUACAUCCAGAUGAGUGGGCGAGCAGGGCGGAGAGGGAAGGACAGCAAAGGAAUCGUCAUCGUGAUGGUCAAUGAGGAGAUGACCAUGGAAGCAUGCAAGGAGAUGAUGCUGGGAAAGCCUGCCCCCUUGGAGAGCUCCUUCCGCCUGACCUACUAUGCGCUGCUGAAUUUGAUGGCUCGAGCGGAGGGGCAGUUCAAUGCGGAGCAUGUGAUUGCACACUCCUUCCACCAGUUUCAGCACGACAGGCAAGUGCCAGAGGUGGAGAAGAGGAUAAAAGAGCUACAGGCAGAGGCAGAUGCGUUGGAGGCAGGGACUGAGGAUGAGAUUCGAGAGUACCACGCGCUGCGUCUGUCACUAGCUGAGAAGGAGAGGCGGUUGAAGGCGGAGGUGCUGCGGCCCGAUAGAUGCCUGCACUUCCUGCAACCGGGUAGACUGAUCCGGGUAGUGGAUGGUCUGGACGAUUGGGGGUGGGGAGUGAUCGUCAACGUGAUGAAGCAGGCCUCUCAAAGCAACACCUCCUCCGCUCUCAUCGCCCCUUCGCCCACCGCCUCUGCUGCUGCCGCUGCACCGCUCUCCACCACGGCAUACCUGGUGGACACGCUGCUGCUGUGCUCUCCCGUGGUGGACAGUGGAGGAGCGGAGGGCUCCACUGCUCAGCUUGUGCCACGCCCGUGCGCCCUAGACGGGAACGGAGAGAUGCAUGUGAUCCCUGUCAAGUUACCAGCAGUGGCGCGCAUAGGCGCGCUCAGAAUCGCCCUGCCCACGGAUCUUCGCCCCAAGGAGGCACGGCAGGCCGUGCUGGUGACACUCAGAGACGUCACCCAACGGUUCCCCGAUGGCCUGCCCAUUCUGGACCCUGUAGAGGACAUGGGCAUCACGGACGAGUCGUUUUUGGACCUCGUGCAUUCCAUCGAUGAGGAGGAGGGCAAGCUGGCCAAACAUCCUCUUUUCAAGGCGGAGAUAGCGGAGCAGAAGCUGGAGGUGCUCAAGAGGCGAGGGCAGCUGCUGGCAGAGGCACAGAGGCUUAAGAUGAAGACGAGGGAGUCACAGCUCUCACUCUUCAAAUCCGAGCUCCGAAAUCGUUCAAGGGUGCUUAGGCGGCUGGGCCACAUCGACUCGGACGGGGUGGUGCAGCUCAAGGGCAGGGCGGCGUGCGUCGUCACGACAGGCGAUGAGCUGCUGGUGACGGAGCUGAUGCUGGAGGGCGCUUUUAACUCCAUGGACCCUCACCAGCUGGUUGCUGUUGCCAGCUGCUUCCUUCCUUCUGAGAAGUCGAAUGAAGAGCAGCCUGUGUCAGCGGACUUAAAGCCGCACUACAACACUUUAAGGGAGGCAGCGCAGCACAUAGCGCAGGUUCAGAUUGAGGAGAAGAUAGAGGUGGACGAGGAGGAGUACGUGGAUCAAUUCCGGCCGACGCUCAUGAACGUGUUCUUUCAAUGGUCCAAGGGAGAGUCGUUUGGCAAGGUCAUUGACAGCACGGAUGUGUUCGAGGGGACGAUCGUGCGUGUGGCUCGACGGCUCGAUGAGCUUCUAAACGAGAUGAAGCUGGCGGCUCAAGCAAUCGGGGAACAAGCUCUUGUAGAUAAGUUUACCAAGGCUAGUGAGAGCAUCCGCAGAGGCAUUAUGUUUGCCAACUAUAUCGGCAAGCUCCCACCAGACCAGCUGAACCAAAUCCUUGACCUAAUCUUCGAUCCCACCUCCAGCAUCGGCCUCAAUCUCGCAAGCUACCUGAUCGGCGGCAGCUACAUCCUCCUCUCCCCCCACAUACUCAUUCGCUCUCCCCCCUUUCUUCCCCCCAACUCCUCCUAUUUCCCCCCAUUCCCUCCUCCCUAUCUCAGGUUCGCCAACUACAUCGGCAAGCUCCCACCAGACCAGCUCAACCAGACCCUUGACCUAAUCUUUGGACCAUCCUCCAUCCCUCUUCACCGCAUCCAACCCCCCAACCCCACCAGGUUUGCCAACUACAUCGGCAAGCUCCCACCAGACCAGCUCAACCAAAUCCUUGACCUAAUCUUCGAUCCGUCCUCCGGUAUCGGGCUCAACCUCGCACGCUACCUGAUCGGCGGCAGCUACAAUCUCGCCAACAGCCCCCGAUUCGACACUGCGGACUGGGAAUCCCGGGCAAUUCCGGGUUAUAGACCUUUGGAAAGCGGGCCAUAUGAUUGGACGAGAGAUUGGCGGCAGCGGAAGGUUCUGGACGGGGCUAUAGUGAGGGGAGUGGAUGAGGUGGAUGCGAUUAUUUACUCCCCGCCCUGGUGGAUGACUAUAACGGGGGAUACCUCUGGAAAUGCGAAAGACGAGACGAAUCUUCAGCCGGACGCGUACGGCGCUUAUGCGGGUUAUAUGGCUGAUGUGGUCGGCAGUGACAGCAGGAUAGACUAUCUCGGGGAGAGCACUAAGGGGGAUAUGGUGCUUCCGGAUCUGCCUGUCGACCUCGAGAAUGAGGGGCGGCUUGAUCUGGACUUGGGUGCGGAUGUGGGGCCCAUAGAGGAGCUCGCCAAGGCAGAGGCGGACGAGGCGGAGCUGCUGCUGGAGCAACUGGGCGUGCCUCCCCAGUUCCCCCAUGGGCUGGCGUCGCGCGGCAUCUUCUGCAGCCGCACUCUCAACCUGCGAUCGAUCACGACCAUCGGAUAUGACAUGGACUACACUCUGAUUCACUAUAACGUCAAUGCCUGGGAGGGCCGAGCCUACGACUAUGCUAUGGAGAACCUCCGAGCCAAGGGGUACCCGACCGAGGGGCUGAGGUUCGAUCCGGACCUGGUGAUCCGAGGGUUGGUGAUGGACAAGGCGAGUGGCAACCUGGUGAAGUGCGACCGGUUCGGGUUCGUGAAGCGAGCCAUGCACGGCACUGAGAUGCUUUCCAACAAGGCCAUCAGCAAGCUGUACGGCCGUGAACUGGUAGACCUGAGGAAUGAAGGCAGGUGGGAGUUCCUGAACACGCUCUUCAGUGUGAGCGAGGCCGUGGUGUACGUGCAGAUGGUUGACCGCCUUGACCAGGGGCUGCUCCCUGCUGAGGUGGCUCCAGGGGACUACAAGACCCUUUAUACAGUGGUGGCUAGAGCUCUUUUCCGAGCACAUGUGGAGGGGCAGCUCAAGGCGGAGAUCAUCAACUCGCCGGAGAAGUUUGUGGAGCUAGAUCCAGAGCUUCCCCUUGCUCUGCUGGACCAGAAGCUGGCGGGGAAGAGGCUGCUGCUGAUCACCAACUCGGACUAUCAGUACACCCACCGCAUGAUGACCCAUGCUUUCGACCAGUUUUUGCCGGAAGAAAUGACCUGGCGGUCAUUGUUUGACAUGGUGAUAGUAUCGGCUCGCAAGCCCGAGUUCUUCUCUAUGGCUCACCCGCUGUACGAGAUAGUGACCCCUGAUGGGCUCAUGCGACCAUGCUUCAAAGCAAACUCUGGAGGGCUGUAUUGUGGAGGCAGCGCUCAGAUGGUUGAGAAAGCCUUGGGCUUUGCAGGGGACGAGACACUGUACGUGGGCGACCACAUCUACACGGAUGUGUCGCAGUCCAAGCUGCACCUGCGCUGGCGCACCUGCCUCGUGUGCCGGGAGCUCGAACAAGAGGUGGAGGCCCUAAUCCACGGCCAUGACACGAGGCUAAGACUCAUAGAUCUGAUGGCUCAGAAGGACCGCGUGGGUGACUGCUUCAACCAGCUGAGGCUGGCCCUGCAGCGGCGUACACAGGGGCAGGCGGCGCAGACGGCAGCGGUGGGGGAGAUGGAGGAUGGGGAGCUGGUGAGGAGCAUGCAGCGACUGCUGUGGAUCAUGGCGAGGCUUGAUGGGGAGAUUGCUCCCUUGCUUGAGACGGAUGGGGCUGCUUUCAACGACAGAUGGGGAUACCUCUCUCGGGCUGGUCUUUGGGAUAAGAGCCACAUUACCCGCCAAAUAGAGAAAUAUGCUGACAUCUACACCUCAAGGGUUUCCAACUUCUUGCGGUACACCCCGUUCAUGUACUUCCGAGCACAAGGGCAG